UUAAAGGGAAAAAAAAAAAAAAAGGGUGGGAGCCAACUAUGAACUCCAUCAGUUCCAACAACAAUCACAGCCAGCAGAUGAGGAUAAUGAGAACCACCAUGAUGAAGAAGAUGAAGAAGAACAGUAACAGCUCAAGUAAGGAAGAAGAUCUUUAUCAUGUUAUUCAUAAAGUUCCUCAAGGUGAUUCUCCUUAUGUUAAAGCCAAACAUGCUCAGCUGAUAGAAAAGAAUCCAGAAGCAGCAAUAGUAUUAUUUUGGAAGGCGAUAAAUGCUGGGGAUAGAGUGGACAGUGCACUAAAGGACAUGGCCGUGGUGAUGAAGCAACUCGACCGAAGCGAAGAAGCCAUUCAGGCUAUCAAGUCUUUCAGGUCUCGUUGCUCAAAACAAGCACAGGAGUCACUUGACAAUGUUCUUAUCGACUUGUACAAGAAAUGUGGUAGAUUAGACGAGCAAAUUGAAUUAUUGAAAAGAAAGUUGAGAUUAAUAUACCAGGGAGAAGUGUUCAAUGGAAAACCAACCAAGACAGCUCGCUCCCAUGGGAAGAAGUUUCAAGUUUCUGUUAAGCAAGAAAUUUCAAGAUUACUGGGAAAUCUGGGGUGGGCUUACAUGCAGAAAUCGAACUACUUGACGGCAGAGGUGAUUUAUAGAAAAGCACAGAUGAUCGACCCGGAUGCCAACAAGGCGUGCAACUUGGGUCUUUGCUUGAUCAAACAAGGUAGGUUUGAUGAUGCAGGUUCGGUCCUUGGAGAUGUAUUGCAAGGUAAAAUUCCAGGUUCAGAGGACGAUAAAGCCAAGAAUAAAGCUCGGGAAUUAUUAAUGGAAGUUAAAGCCUUUCAGCCACCUUUGGAGUUGUCUGAUAUUGUGGGACUUGAUGAUGAGUUUUUCAAUGGGCUUGAGCUGUUAAUGAAUGCAUAUGCCCCUGUUAGAUCAAAGAGACUGCCCAUUUUUGAAGAGAUCUCCUCAUUUAGAGAUCAAUUGGCUUGUUAGGUUAACACGAUGGACAAGAUUUGUUCUUUUGGGCGAGUGGUGAUUUGUGCUUUUUAUAUAGUUGGAGCAGUACUCGUAGGAAUAGAUUAUGCUGUAAAUAACUGUAUUUGGUUCCCAAGAAUCAAUAUUGUAUCAAUACGUGUAUUGUUUGUCUUGAUAAAUUAUAUAUAAUUCUAAA